AUGCAUCCCGAGUUCACUAAAGAGCAUAGUUGGGCCGUGGUAUCUUCAUUCUUUGAACAAAAUGGACUUGUAAGACAGCAGCAGGAUUCGUUCGAUCAGUUCGUCAAAACAAAGAUGCAGGAGGUUAUAGACGAAAGUCCUGCCAUAAUAAUCCAGUCUGCGCCUACAGCAGGGAGUGAGAUGCAGAAGAAAAUAAUGGUGAAGUUUGGACAGGUGUAUGUGUCCAAGCCACCAGUUUAUACAGAGUCUGAUGGACGGACGAUUACAGUGUUUCCAAAUGAAGCAAGGACAAGAGACUUGACAUAUGCAUCGCCACUUUUUAUUGACGUAGUUAAGGAGAAUGUGUCUGAAAUGGGUGUAGUUGAUAAGCACAAGUAUUCGAGAGUUCCAUUUGGAUCGUUGCCCGUGAUGCUGAGGUCAUCAUAUUGUGUUUCCCAUGGGCUGCAUGACAAGGACCUUAUUGAUAUUGGAGAGUGCCCGUAUGAGCAAGGAGGAUAUUUCAUAGUAAAUGGGUCUGAAAAGGUGAUUGUUGCACAGGAAAGAAUGGCGAGCAAUACAGUGUAUGUGUUCAAGAAGGCACAGCCUGCAACAUAUACACAUUAUGCGGAGAUAAGAUCUGUGCCUGAAAAGAGCUCGAGGAAUCCAAGCACACUGUCUAUGAAGCUGUGUAAGUCACCUGGGGUUAUAAGGAUAUCCCUGCCUCUUGUGAAACAAGACAUUCCACUGCUUAUUCUGUACAGGGCUCUUGGGUUUUUGUCAGACAAAGAGAUUCUUGAUCAUAUUUUGUAUGAGGAUGAUGAGGAGAUGUUUGGAAUGCUCAAGGAAAGUGUUGAAGAAGCAGUUGUUAUACAGGACCAGAACAUGGCGCUUGAUUACAUUGGGAAAAGAUACGCACCGAUAGGCACACCUAAGGAAAAGAGGAUUCGACUGACAAAGGAGCUGCUUGCGAAGGAGCUGCUCCCACACAUUGGGAUGCAGGAGUUCUGUGAGACUAAGAAAGCAUAUUUUAUUGGGUACGUUGUUCAAAGGCUUCUGCUUGUGGCAUUGGGAAGAAGAGCGUGUGAUGACAGGGACCAUUAUGGGAAGAAGAGAAUUGACUUGAACGGGCCUCUCCUUGCAUCUCUUUUCAGGAUGCUGUUUAAGAAGGUAUGUGUUGAUACAGCAAGGCAUAUGCAGAAAUGCAUUGAAAAUGGAAGGGAAUUUAAUAUUGCCCUUGGGCUGAAGGCGAGUAUUAUUACACAAGGAUUUAGGUAUGCACUUGCAACUGGAAAUUGGGGAGACCAGGCAAAGGCGAUGCAAACACGAGCAGGAGUGGCACAAGUACUGAACAGAUACAACUUUGUUUCGACAAUAAGUCACCUGAGAAGAGUGAAUACUCCGAUUGAGAAAGAAGGAAAGCUGGCAGCACCAAGGCAAUUACAUAACACUCACUGGGGAGUGGUUUGCCCUUCUGAGACGCCUGAAGGACAGGCAUGCGGACUUGUUAAGAAUCUGUCAUUGAUGGUUUACAUUUCAGUUGGUGUAUCUGCAGGGCCUCUUAUUGAGUUUUUACAAGAGUGCGGAGUUGAGUCAUUAGAAGAAGUGUCAAGCUUUCAGUUUAGUGGAGCGACCAAGGUAUUUGUGAAUGGAAUGUGGGUUGGAAUUCACUCGAAUCCAACACAACUGGUUAGUUCAUUGAAGUUACUCAGAAGAAGCCUCGGAAUGGACAAAGAAGUAAGCAUUAUCCGAGACAUUAAAGAGAAGGAGAUCCGAAUUCAAUCAGAUGCAGGAAGGCCAUGCAGACCACUGAUGGUGGUUAAAGACAACAAGCUUAUGAUAACACCGGAAAUCAUCAAAAAGGUGGAACGAGGGAUAAUGAAAUGGGAUAACCUUGUUAGUGAAGGGUUGAUUGAGUUUUUGGAUGUUGAGGAGGAAGAAAUGUGCAUGAUAGCAAUGAAUGCUGAUGCACUGCAGAGAGAGUUGUCGGGAGCCUCUGAAGUGACUGUUUCAUACACACACUGUGAGAUUCAUCCAGCAUUGAUUUUGGGAAUCUGUGCAUCUACAAUUCCAUUCCCAGAUCACAACCAGAGUCCUCGUAAUACUUAUCAGAGUGCAAUGGGAAAGCAGGCAAUGGGCAUUUAUGCAACAAACUUUCUUCUAAGGAUGGACACAUUGAGCAAUAUUCUGUUCUAUCCUCAGAGGCCAUUGGUUACCACACGAAGCAUGGACUAUCUUCGGUUCAAGGAGCUGCCAUCUGGACAGAAUGCCAUGGUUGCGAUUGCAUGCUACUCUGGAUAUAAUCAAGAAGAUAGUGUGAUCAUGAAUCAAAGUGCGAUUGACAGAGGGCUGUUCAGAAGUUUUUUCUACAGAACAUAUACCGACCAAGAGGCGAUGUCGAGGCCUGGUAUCAAUGAAGAGUUUUGUAAACCUAUGCGAGGUGCAGUGCUGAGGAUGAAGAACUUGAAUUACAACAAGCUUGAUGAUGAUGGAAUCAUCAGCCCUGGGAUGAGGGUUACUGGAGAUGACGUGCUGAUUGGUAAGAUUACGCCAAUUCUUGAUCCUGAGCGAAGCACUAAGGAGGCACCUGUUUAUGUGUAUAAAGACAGUAGCACUGCUAUGAGAAGAACAGAGACAGGAAUAGUGGAUACGGUGAUUGUUACAAAUAAAGAAGGAUACAAGCUUUCAAAAGUGAAAAUCAGGUCUGGAAGAAUUCCACAGAUGGGAGACAAAUUUGCAUCCAGACACGCACAGAAAGGGACAGUUGGGAUCACGCUGAGGCAAGAAGACAUGCCGUUUACUGCAGAUGGGAUUGUUCCGGACAUAAUAAUAAAUCCUCAUGCGAUUCCAAGUAGAAUGACCAUAGGGCAUCUGAUUGAAUGUCUUCUUGGAAAGGUUAGUGCAUUGGAUGGAACGGAGGGAGAUGCUACGCCAUUUAGUGGGCUUACAGUGAAUGAGAUAUCUGCACGUUUGAAGAUGUAUGGUUAUCAGCAGAGGGGAUUGGAAGUGAUGUACAAUGGAAUGACAGGCCGGAAGCUUAGGGCGCAGAUAUUCUUUGGGCCUACAUAUUAUCAGAGGCUUAAGCAUAUGGUUGAUGAUAAGAUUCAUGCAAGAGCACGAGGGCCUCUUCAAAUUCUUACUAGGCAGCCUGUUGAGGGUCGAUCAAGGGAUGGAGGACUGCGUUUUGGAGAAAUGGAAAGAGAUUGCAUAAUCUCACAUGGAGCAUCUGCAUUUUUGAAGGAAAGGCUUAUGGAUGUUAGUGAUGCAUAUUCGUGCUAUGUGUGUGAUGUGUGUGGGCUUCUUGCAAUGGGAGGAAACAAAACGAAUGAAUGCAAAGGUUGCAACAAUACAACGGAUAUAAGCAUGGUUGAGAUUCCGUAUGCAUUCAAGCUUCUUCUUCAAGAGCUUAUGGCAAUGAACAUUGCGCCUAGGAUCAACUUUGACAAAUAA